UUCUACCCCCACAGUCUUACCCCCAGCCCCAUUGGGAUCUACCCCCCAGUCUUAACCCCAGCCCCAGUGGGAUCUACCCCCCAGUCUUACCCCCAGCCCCAGUGCGGUCUACUCCCCCAGCCUUACCCCCAGCCCCAGUCCAAAGGAAAACACCACCAGUCUCCACAGAGUCUGAACCUCCUCUUCCUCCUCGACCCCAGGGAGCGGUUAAGACGCUCCCCCUCCGCCCCCCUCCCAUAAAGACUGUUCCUGGUCGACCCCCACCUCCCCAGGCUAUCUCUGCCCCCUCUACUAUAUCAUCCAAUCAGCCAUCCCCUCCCCAGGAUGUCUCUGCCCCCUCUACCACAUCAGCCGAUCAACAGGCUGUCCCCGUCCCCUCCAAUCAGCCGCAGGGUCAGAGGGCACCAAAGAGAGGCCCCCCUCUACCCCCCCGACCCAAGCCUGGACAUCCCCUGUACAAGAACUACAUGAAACAAGACGUCCUGGUUCUGUUGGAGAAGAUAGACUCCGCCCACGAUGACUGUCUCCUGGGGGAGGAGUCAGGUCGGGUUCAAGGGUCACACAUGACUGUUAUCAACCCUCUGUCUGACCAAUCACGGCCUCCCAACAACCAACAAAACCAAUCGGAUCCCGCCUCGGAUGACAAGAGCCAAUUGAAGCCUCCCUCUGAAUACAAGAGCCAAUCAGAACCUCCGUCCAUCCUCCCAUCUCAGACCAGUGUAGAGAAGACCCAGGUUACAGCACCUGUCAGCGGUCCGAGGUGUGUGGCGCGGUUCGACUACGAGGGUGAGGAGGAAGACGAGCUGACCUUCUCCGAGGGUAACGUCAUCGCUCUGACGGAGGUGAUUGAUCAGGAGUGGGGGCGAGGUCAAAUCCACGGGCGAAUAGGAAUCUUCCCCCUGGCCUUCACCGAGAUCCUGGAGGAACCACCCCCGUCGCCAGGGUUACAGACCAUUGUCGAGACAACUGAAUCAUCAGACGUUCCAGACCAGUGGGUUGUGGCUCUCCACGACUUCCCAGGUCAGACUGCAGAGGAUAUGUGGUUCCAGCAGGGGGCGCUGAUCAGAGUAACGGAGCGUGUCGACGCAGACUGGACCAGAGGAACACUGGACGGACGGGAGGGACUGUUCCCCACUACCUUCACACGCACCUGUAACACAGCUCAGCCAAUGACGGGCCAGCCUGUGGCCAGGGGCGUGGCCAAGGUCCUGUUUGAUUUCAGUGGAGAGAGAGAAGAUGAGCUCUCACUGAAGGCAGGGGAGGUAGUAACAGAGGUGGUGACAGUAGAUGAGGAGUGGUAUCUGGCGGAUGCAGGAAGGAGACGAGGCCUGGUCCCCAAAAACUACCUGUCACUGCUUCCUGACAGCUGCAAAUAGGACUAUGUGAUAUAUAUAUAUAUAUAUAUACUACAUUGCCAAAAGUAUGUGGACACCCCUUCAAAUUAGUGGAUUCAGCUAUUUCAGCCACACCCGUUGCUGACAGGUGUGUAAAAUCGAGCGUGUCGCUUUGCGAUCUCCAUAGACAAACAUUGGCAGUAGAAUGGCCCGUACGGAAGAGCUCGGUGACUUUCAACGUGGGCACCGUCAUAGGAUGCCACCUGUUUGACAAGUCAGUUGGUCAAGUUUCGUCCGGUCACCUGUAAGUGUUGAUAUUGUGAAGCUCACCUCUUAUUGGACUCUGGAGCAGUGGAAAACGCGUUCUCCGGAGUGAUGAAUCACGCUUCACCAUCUGGCAUUCUGACGGACGAAUCUGGGUUUGGUGGAUGCCAGGAGAACGCUACCUGCCCCAAUGCAUA